CGGCAUCCACCCGAGCUUCACGGGGGGAGUAGUCCGUUGUUACAGGACCCGCAGCUGGUGGUGGGAGGAUAUUCGAAAUAAAGUACUUGCUUCAGAAAGGCUCUACACGUUAAAUGCGCUUACACUUUAACCGUAUCGUGAUUUGGUUCAUUUUGGAUAGCACCUUCCUUGCUGCUGGAGUGAGUGAAUAAUUCGGGAUCUCCGUAGUAAUACUCGCGUAGUUUCGACUCUCAAUGUGGUCAACGAAAGUUUUGACUGUAGAGUCGCUGGGAACGGGUUUGCACCACCCCAGUAGUUUUCACUAUACUUUCAUCAUGGUCCAGGCAUGUGCAUAGUUUAAAAGAGUCUGAGAAAAGGGAACAAUGUCUAACUUGAGAGAUGGGUCGAAGUGAUCCCGGGCCGAGAAAGCAGCGGGAGCGAUUCCAGUAGCACAAGCGAGGAAGAACGGCUUCGAAGACUUUUCAACAGUUGUGAUGCAGAUGGGGAUGGAUAUCUUGACGGAGAGGAUUUUCUUUUUAUGUGCAAACAACUUAACCUAGAGGAUUCUGCAAAUGAGAUUCGGCAAGAACUUGGAGUUUCCAGCUUUGCCCGCAUCUCCUUUGCAGACUUCCUACGUUGUCGGGCACGGGUCAUGUCUGCUGUUCAUGAAGAAGGGCCUUGCUGGGGAGAUGAUGCUGGGAUUGAGUCGGAUACUAGUGGUGUUCACACUCAUCAUCCUCAUAUCACAUCCUGGCCUACUAUGAGCAGUGACAGCCUGGGUGCUCAUUCAGGAAAACCAGAGAGUGCAGAUUACGACAGUGGAGCAAGGGACAUGAGCCCCGAGCCUGUGAGCCUUAUACGGCUCAUGCAUUGCCAUGAUCCUUCAGCUGUGAAGGAUGUGCAGGACAUGGGGUCUGGAAAAAUCCUAGAACUUGCAGACAGGCUUCACUUGGCAGCCAUCACCUCCAUGAAGGGGGAGAUAAAUGAACUCAAGACCAGGCUGCAGCAUGUGAGCAGUGAGCGAGAUCUGCUUGAAAGACAGCUCAGCAUGACGCAGAGUGAUACAUUUUGCUCACAGCGAGAAAUUGGCCGAGUGGAACAGGUGACAGCACGUUAUGAAGAACGUAUUAUUGAGUUGCACAGUGUAAUAGCUGAACUGCGGAAGAAGUUGGAAUGUCACCACAUCAAUGUCAUCAGAGAGGAAGAUGAGUUUGAGGAGUCAGAAGGAGCACAGAGCAACCGAAGCCAAGAUGGAGGAAGUAACCAUGACAACCUGGGAGUGGACUCCCACUCAGCUAGUCUAGAGAUGGGGAAAGAGUUGCGGCUGGAGCUGUCACGUGUGGUGACUGAGAUGGAAAGUGCCAUGGCAUCCCGCUCACCACUGGUACCUCAGGUUGCACAGGUGGUGGAGAGAGAAGGAAGUGAAAGGGAAACUCGACCAGCACCCAGAGAUGAGGAUAAUGAGUAUGAUGAUGAAGAGGAAGAGUCUAAACCACCAACACCUCCACCUCGUCAUGGUCGCGUUCCUGUCCCUCAGCCAUCUUCACCAGCUCAUGUUCUCAGAUCAGGCCGGCCUGGACCAGGGGGACCAGGAGGACCAGGCGAUCGAAGGGACCUGUUGGCUCAGCGGGAAGCAGAACUUGCUCAGGCUCAGGAAACUAUUGUGAGCUUGACAGCAGAGCGAGAGGUGCUUUGUAAAAAGGUGUGGGAGCUGCAGAAUCAUGUUUCUUCUGAAACACCUCCUAGUCCAGCCUGCAUUUCUGCAACCAGCAAAACUCAGUCUCCCAACUUUGCACCAGAGCGACGUGGAACAGGAGAUCAGUUCCCAGUGGCCAAAGUGGCUGAACUAAAGAAGCUUCGAACACUGACUGGUGAUAGGCAGGCACUUGGCGCAGAAGUGAGCUCACUGGGGCUGCCCACCACACAAACUGCAGAGCAUCUGGUGCAAAACAUCAAGGCCAGCUCUGGGACUUCCAGCAGCGAAGUGGAUGCCAGUGUUGUGGAAUAUCGCCUUGAGCUGGAACGUGUGCAGAGCAGAGCUGACCACUUACGAGCCCAGAAUGACACAUUAGUAUUAACCCUGGUAGAGUCCAAAGCCCAUGCAGAGAGACUGAGUGUGCUUGUAGGCAAGUAUGAAUCAAAUGCCACAGCACUAGCUCUGGCACUGGGCUACUCAGACCAAGCGUUGGAAGCCUGCCAGGUGUUAGUAGCACUGCUGGACUCUGAGAUAGGAGUCUUGCUGGCAAACUGUCGAGCUGCUGGCAUUGGGGGAUUUGCUGGCUUUGAAAGUGGGGAUGAUGAGCAGGGGGAAGUAAGUGCACUUUUACAGCGAUCCCAUGGCAGCCGUCGUGCUGCCGAAAGUGUGGCCAGACACUUGUUACAUCGCAUGGAUCGUAGUCGGGCCCAUGUCAUGUCAUGUUGCCCCAGCCCCUGGGAUGAUGUCACAUCUAUUUCACACACCACCAGCUCUACAGACAGUGGAGAUGGGGAGUUUGGAAAAGCAGAAGAGCAGAGGUUACGUGACUAUGUGCUGCAGCUACGGUCAGAGCGCUCAGCAGUGCGGGCUACAGUGAUGGAGCUGGAACCUGUACAUGUGGAUCCUUUUUCUAUGGCACCUCAUCUGCGUUACCCAGAUCCUUCACGCUUUGACCUGGAGAAUGCUGUUCUCAUGCAGGAAUUGAUGGCAAUGAAGGAAGAGCGGGCUGAGCUAAAAGCAGCCAACUAUCUCCUUGAGAAAGAAUCCCGGGCACUAGAACUACGACUGGCUGCACUUGAGUCCACAGAAGCAGCGCAUCGCAUCACCAUCCAGCACUUGCGUUCUGAGCUGCAGCUGAGAGCUGGUAAUGUCCAGGACUCAGACCGUGACUAUGGAUCAGCCCCAGUCUCUGUGGCAGAGCUGCGAUCCCAUGAUCCUAUGGAAAUGGCACGAGAUCUUGCUGCUGCUUUAACUCGUGAGCAGAAUUUAAAAAGCAGAGUGCAUGAGCUGGUUUCAACACUAGAAAAAAUAACCCAAAAUUCGGAGGUGCGGCACAAACAGUCUGCCGAAUUCGUCAACGAUCUGAAGCGUGCCAACAGUGCACUCAUCACAGCCUUUGAAAAGGCCAAAAAACGAUACCAGGGCAAACUGAAGAAGCUGGAGAUUCAGCUGAAGUCAGUGACAGAACGCUAUGAGACACAGAUUCAGAUUUUAAAGCAGAGACUUGCUCUGUAUGAAGACGAGAGCAGCCGACCUCCAUUGAAUGAGACAUCCCUGUAGUCACAUUCAGGAAUAGGUUGUGUUUGCAGGAAAGAAUGAGAACUAAAGCGAGUGUGGAGUGCUUCAAAACUGACCUAACUGAGGCUGAGUGAGACUGAUAAUAAUUUCAACAGGCAUUCACAUCUCAUAGUAACAAGAUGAGGGAUGCGCAUGCUACAUUUGUAAAAUUUGUGAAUGACUUGGCAUCGUUCAGAACUUGAUCAUGAUAAAAAUGUUAACAUUAUAAAAUAUGCAGAACUUUUGAAUUUUGUGGUGUUCUAGAAGCACUCAUGACAAGCAGAAUAUUUUAUUAAUUUUUUUAUAGUGUGUAUAUAUAUAUAUAGUUUAGACUUAUUUUUUUUCUCUUAAUGGUAAACAUUGACGGUUUUGGGUUUCCUUUGACUGGAUCUGAGCAUACAGGCAAGCUGGUUUUCCCUCAAAAAUAUUGUACCCCUACCUCCCUUUUUGAAGGUCAAGAAUUUGAGUGGAAUUUAUGUCCUGGUGAUGACAGAAUUUUAUGCCACUUUUGCAGCACAUACCUUACAAUUUGGGUCUUGCAAACCAUAUCCCUGUAACAUUCUGUCAACCAUGGUUCCACUUCUCUUCAUCACAACACAUAUUCCAUGCUCACCAUAACAAAUCUCAUCAUCAAACAGCAUGAUUAAGAAAAAGCAACAUUUACCAUUCAAAGAAGAAAAAUAAUUUUCUCACGCCAUUUUACUGGUUGUGUAAAACUGUUGAGCUGAGUUUGUCAGUCUUUUCGUUAUUUCAUGCAACAUCUAUGACAGCUUUUGACACAUUUUGUCUUAAGUAGGAACAGGGACCUAUGAGUUGUAUAAACAGCCUUGCAUAGUCUAUUCUUGCUGCAGUCCUAAGUAUAUGACAAAUACUAAAAUGUGUGGGAAUUCAAAUUUCAUUCAUUGCAGUUUAGAUGUCCUUUCCAUUUUGUUUUACAUAUCACAUUUAAGUAUUGAGCAGUUGCUUUCAUUAGGGAUUGAGUGGAAAGCUUGAAACAUCAGUGAUGAAAGAACAACCCAUGUGAACAGAUUGUUUACUGAAGUUGUGAAAAGUAUGGCUGUGAACAUGCGCUUUAUGUACAUUUAUGAACAUGCAGAUUCUAGUCACGAGGUGAAUUUUUUUUUUUUUUGGCAAGAGCCAUUUGGCACAAAUUGCAACUUCUGUCUUGUCAUGUGCCUUCUGAGACAGGAAGGGAAAGUCACACCCAGAGCUUUACAACUGUGAUAACAGCCAUGUUUUUUUAAUGGGUUGCUGAUGUGCUCUGGUUACCACAGUAACGUGAAUCCUUUUCAGUAUGGCCUUUGUGUAAUGCAGUUAUGUUGACAGGCACUUGCUUAUGUUCAGUAAAGCAUUUUCAAUAUUGCAUGUUGUUGAGUAACACUGCUGGGACUUGUUUUAAGAUUGUUUAAUUGUCUUGGUGUCUUGAAAGCCUUUAUACGAUCCACAUUUGUUCAAUCUUACUUUGUACGUGGAUGUGUUGAUAAAAAAGGGGGCAGAGAUAUUAUCUGAAUGGUAAAGGUGAUAAGGGAUGGAAAAGUUGCUUUCUUCUUUAUUGGUAGCAUGCUGUGUAGUCCUCGUGACUUACAACCAGGUAUGCACUCACCAUUUUUUGUAAUGUCAACGUUUAGGAUGUUUAGGCUGCCAUUCUGUAUAAUGUCAAUAUUUAGAAUGUUUAGGCUGCCAUUUUGAUAUGUUACAUGAACCUGUUAGAGAAAUGUCAAACUUUAUUCAUAGCUGUGAAUUGUGUGAUCUGGAUGAGUGGAGGGGUGCUUGACCAGCUGCAAUAUUAGGUCAAGCUUCCGUUUGUUUGAAGUUGGUAAUGGGUAUUAGCAUUGCUGUAACAAUAUUGAUCUGUGGUGUUCACCACCAUGGGAACUCUGAUAUGCAAUAAAUAUGCAAUAACAUGC